CCCUCACGUUCCCGCGUCUGAACCUUAAAGUCCUAGCAUCAUCCUCAAUCGUUUCUUGGAUCACAGGUCCGCGAUCGUAGCCAUAUUGUUUGUACGGGAUUUUCCCUUAAGAUCGUAGAUCUCUCAUAUCAGUAAACAAGAUAAAGUGCCAUCGUAAGAAUUGUUCAAUAAGAUUGUGUGAUUUAAUGUAAAUAUGCUUCCGAAAACCGGUUAUUACGAAAAAUAAUUAAAUACAAAUAUAAGACUAUUAUAAUGAUCUAUUGAACUGUUACAUUUUUUUCCGGAUGUUAGAAACCAUAAAGUGUAAGAGAAAUAUGAUCAUGGCAACAAGUAGCAAGCUAAAUCAAUUAACAAUGGAGAAGAGUGUGUAAGAAAGCUUAUUCUGGUGUAGUCACGGACAAGGUUUCAUUGGAAUGCCCCAUUCCAUGUUACGGCACUGUGCCUUGUAAAAUGCGGUGGCCCCGCAGCGAGAAAAACGGGGGCCCGGCUGAACACAUUAGUUCUCGGGAGUGCAAUAUUGCUAGUAUGUCCAGGAUUUCGAUAACGAGUGAUAAGUGUCUACGCGGCUAAUGUUUAGUUGUUUUUGUUUUGUUUCUUUUUCUUCGUAAAAUUAUGCUCUCGUGUUUUAAUUCGGUUGCUGACAGCUGGAACGCGAGCAUAUCACGCGAUCGUACAGAGUUACAGCAGUAAACCGAGGCUGUCGACUUUUAAUACUGUGACGAGGCCCAAAUUGUUCGCGAAGACGAAUACGAAACUCAUCAUAUGUUCAGACGAUUUGACAAUAAAAAAAAAAGCUUAAGAUUAUUUGAAUGUUUGUAAUUACAAUUUUACAAAGUGUAAGUGUAUGUUGCAUUGAACUGACGUACGAAACGCCGCUGAGAAGAGAAAGGACGAGGAAAUAUUCUGAAUAAAAGCGCAUAAAUAUUCUGAAUAAAAAAGAAAUUUAGCGAAACUUGUAAGGAAUCGAGUGACAGUGAUACGAAGAGACUAGGAGAUUCUAGAAAGAGAAAGAAAAGAAAAACUUGUAAGGAAUCGAGUGACAGUGAUACGAAGAGACUAGGAGGAGAAGACUAGGAGAUUCUAGAAGGAGAAAGAAAAGGAAAAGGGAAGAAAUCUGAGAAAACAUAAGGUGAAGAUUUAGUGGACAACAAGGUAAGACUCACGGAGGUAAGGCACAUAUCGCUUGGGCCACCUCUUAAGUAGUAUAUCCGAUCUUAAGAGAGAGCAGGAGAGUAAGAAAAGGAGAGACCGUACGGUGACCCAGAUUUUAGCGGGUCGAACGAGACAGGCCGACACGAAAAAGUCGCGGUGGACUUUUUGAAAUGGGACACAGCGCAGCCUGGAGCUAAAUUAGCCGCGAUGUCCAAUAAGAGUAAGUCCCAGCCGCAGCAGCAGCAUCCUUCGCACGUGAUCAAGUCGGCAGUGGAACAAGUGCCACCACGAUAUCAGCCACCACCGCAGCCAACCAGCGGUAUCCUCAAGAAUCAUCCUCACUUUGGUACAGGCCCUACCGUGCCAACCUCGGUGUCUACCGCUGGUCAAGGUACCGUCGCGGCCUUGAAUCAUCAUCAACCCGCCCAAUCGCGGCCUGUGACACAACAGAAGGAUGUGCAGAGUAAAUAUUCACCGAGGAUAGAACAUCGGCAUCAUCCUCAAGGUGGAAACACAUUAACUGCGCCCGUCUCAAAAACGCAGUCUCAUAGUUACCUUCAGGCCAAGGUCGGCCAAGGUCAAUACCUGCCACCUAACGGUCAAUAUCCCACGGUAAAUACUGCACAGACACCACCGCUCAGACAAAGGAUCACCGACGACGAGUUUCUUAGACUCGGACCUGUGGAGAUGCUCAAAUUUGUCCGCAAGACCGAGAGCGAUAUCGCAAGGCUCGCCGCUGAGCAGAAUCGACAGAUACAGAACUUGCUUAGCGAGCUUCGAGCAUUAAAAGAAGCAAAUCAAAGAUUAAGCGAUGAUAAUCAAGAGCUGCGAGAUCUUUGUUGCUUUCUGGAUGAUGAUCGUCAGAAAGGUCGGAAAUUAGCGAGAGAAUGGCAAAGAUUCGGAAGAUAUACGGCAAGUGUUAUGCGACAAGAAGUAUCUGCCUAUCAGAAUAAAUUGCGACAAUUGGAUAACAAACAGCAAGAGCUAAUUAAGGAUAAUCUAGAGCUAAAGGAACUUUGUCUUUAUUUGGAUGAAGAAAGAGGAGGUGGUCAAAGAGACGACGGAGAUGGUUCAAGUUCAAGUACGAAUGCUGAAGAAACCGCGCCGCCGAGACCAAGACAUACAUCUACGUUUAAUGACCAAACUAUGCAAUACGUGAGAAGUUUAGAACAGCGGGUAAAGCAACUCGAAGAAGAUAAGAGUCUUUUACAAGCAAGAGCACAGGGUUGGGAAGUACCACCUGGUGAAAUCUGGGAAAAUCAAAACAGUCCUGGCGAAAAUACUCACAUAGGAGGCCGGCCAGAAGCAGUGGUCCGAGCUCUUCAGGUUCUUGAAGUUCGAGAACAAUUAGAAAGAGAAGGCGGCCACGAUGGAGAGAAAGCAUUAGUUAGAGAAAUGUGCAAUGUUGUUUGGCGGAAAUUGGAGGAAGGUCCACAAACGAGGCAUUGAUAAUCGUAUUGUAAGCGUGAUUAAUUAAACCACAAUGUCGGUGCGCGGUCUGUUAAUUCGGAUAGCGUAUUUAAUAGUAUUACAGUCAUUAAUGCAAAUGUUAUGAAUUUUAUAGAUUUAUACGCAUGUACCUAUAAAUAUUUCGAUGUAAGAGUCAAUGUGCGUAGUUUGCAGUAUUUAUAUAAAUAUUGUAGUGCCGUUAGAUUGCCUACAUAAAUUGUUAACAAACUUUAUUUUUAUUAUAAA